UUUCAAACAAAUCAAAAUCAAAAUCAAACUGCCGCUGUGGACAACUUCGUUCAUCCGUGGUGACUGCUAAUACGGCUAGCCUCUCAGACUAGUCGUCGAGUUGUUUUCCUCACCGCGGCGAGGAAGGUCUUUCUCAGUUGACGACUACUUAGGAGAGUGUUGGUUUAUUUUGAACGCAGGAAGAAAGGGAGGAAGGAGAAGCAGAAGGAAGGUAAAGGCGAAGUGAAACCGAGAAGAAUAGGUGGUCUCUCUCUGAAGCAACCAUGGCGAUCCCAGCGUACUCUGAGAUCAUUCACAUGACGAGGUAUUCGAGGUGGAUGGAGGAGAAGCAGAGAAGGGAGACUUGGGAGGAGACGGUCGAUCGGUAUUGCAAGUUCAUCAACGAGCACGUGCAGAAGCGAUGUGACUACAAUCUCGGCGAGUAUCUGUCGAAGAUCCGUAAGUUCGUUCUCGAGCAGCGUGUGAUGCCAUCCAUGCGGUGUUUGAUGACUGCCGGCCCUGCUCUAGAGAGAGAGAACCUCUGCGGGUACAACUGCUCUUACCUUCACAUUGACUCAAUCGAGUCCUUCGAUGAGAUUCUGUACAUAUUGAUGAACGGUGUCGGCGUCGGAUUCAGCGUGGAGACGCACUAUGUGGCGAAGUUGCCCCGCAUUCCGGACGUCAUAACGGAAUCGGGUAAGGCGAUACUGGUAGAAGACUCGAAAGAGGGAUGGGCGAAGGCUCUGCGUGAAGUGGUCUCGGGCUUGUUCGAGGGCAAGCAGCACGGGUGGGAUCUGUCGGCCAUCCGGCCGCAGGGAUCGAGGCUGAAGACCUUCGGUGGGCGGGCGUCUGGACCUGGUCCGCUCGACGAGAUUCUGACAGUCGUCAGCGAGAUAAUGACCACGGCUCGCGGUCGGCAGCUUCGACCUAUCGAAUGCUGUGACAUGGUGUGUGUCAUCGCGCGCAAUGUGGCGGCUGGGGGCUCCCGAAGAAGUGCACUGAUGUGUCUCUCGUCGCUAGACGACAAGGAGAUGCGUGACGCUAAGAAUUUCCGCGUGCACGACCUCACUGGCAAGUCCUAUCGCUUCUCGACGAACAUUUCUGUCAAUUAUCAUUCGAAGCCAGACACAGAGAACUGGGAGGACGAGUGGAGGGCGUUGGUGGAAGGCAACUCCGGAGAGAGAGGCAUCUUCUCUUCCUACGUGUGCGGCAAGAAGACUGUCAACAACAGCAAGUUAGACGGCCUUCCUGAGCGAGGCGAGCAUGAGAACUACGGCACCAAUCCGUGCUGCGAGAUCGUGCUGAAGUCGAACCAGUGCUGCAAUUUGUCUGAACUUAUCGUCAGACCCGAUGACACGAAGGAGUCGUUGGUGGAGAAUGCGGAAGUGGCGACGGUUCUCGGCACGAUCCAGUCGACGCUGACCAACUUCAAUUACGUGAGGAGCAAAUGGGCGGAGAAUUGCGAGCAGGAGCGGCUGCUGGGAGUUUCCAUGACCGGCAUCCUGGACUGCAAGUGGCUGGCCCAGACGACCGAGGAGAACGCUAAAUUUCUUCACACGCUCAGAAAAAAGUGCGUUAAAGUCAACGAGCUGUGGGCAGAGAGAUUGGGCAUCGCGCGCUCGAAGGCCAUCACCUGCAUCAAGCCGUCGGGGACAGUGUCGGAACUCGUUGGGACCGCCAGUGGCAUUCAUCCUCGGCACUCGGAGUACUACAUCCGUCGGAUUAGGAACCCAAUGGAAGACCCUGUCACGAAGUAUCUCGUCGACCAGGGGUUCGGUGGGGAGGAAGGGGUGUAUGAGAAGGGUACGUGGAUUUUCAGCUUCCCGGUGAAGUCUCCGGACGGUUCCACUGUGCGGAGUCAGCUGACAGCGUUGACACACAUCAAGCUGUACAAAUUCUUCCAAGAUAAUUGGUGCCAUCAUAAGCCGUCGAUCACCGUCACCGUCAAGCCGCAUGAAUGGGACGACGUCAAAGGGUUCGUAUUCGACAAUUUCGAUCAUCUUUGUGGCAUCUCGUUCCUUCCUUACGACGGCGGAAACUAUCAGCAAAUGCCAUAUGAAGAGGUUGAUAAGCAGACCUACGAGAAGAUGCUUCGCUGCGCGCCGAGCAGUAGAGUUAAUUGGGUAGGACUGCGAAAGUACGAGAGGGUCAAUGCGACCAGGGACUUGUACGAGCUCGCAUGCGUGGCUGGUGGUGGGUGCGCCGAGUGAUUGAUUAAUAGUAGGAUUGACGACUUGUGGCACUUUGAUGUUGCUUUCCACUAGUACUACCACGGUACCACCUCGAUCUUUCCGAACUCGCCCAGUGGAAAGAACCCCGAUCGCGCGUUCAUUAGAGCGUCGCUCUGUUGAGCUUUGCUGCUCUUUUACUUAUGAAGGUAGAUCAUAUAGAAUUUGGGAUUCGUCCCCACCUUCUCUAUUGUACGUUUUAUCUCUUCUGGUGUAAUAGGAAUUCCUGUUUGUAAACAACCAUUGAGUUCUUUCGUUUCGUCGCGUAGGUAGGAAGGAAGACGAGCCCGUUCCUCCGUUGGUUCGUCGGAUUUUGGAUCGAAUCGAGGAGGGCUGGCUGGCGGCCGCAGAAACGCACUGUUAGUGUGUGUGUGUCUGUGUGUGUGUGUGUGUGUGAGAGAGAGAGAGAGAGAGAGAGAGAAGGUGGCGGAGUGGUUCAUUUGGUUGGCUCUGGUGAGUGCAUACGACCUCCGUAACGUCAUUGACUUCUGUUUCUUUUACUUCUACCUUUCCGUCGUUGAGAUAGUGAGUCAUUAUUACCGAAGUGCUCGCCGUAUCUUCUAUUUUAUGUCUUUUACCCAGCUUCCCAUUAGAGCGAAAGUUUUAACAUCCGCUCUCCCUUUCCCUCGCUUUCUCCUGUACGCCGUGUUUCUGUGGCUUUCGCAUCUGAUGUACCGAGGCGUCAGGUUUGCAACUUGGCAGAGAUACGAAGCGAUGCGGUUUCCGUCGUUCUUCGUGCUUCUAUGGCUUUCCUUUCGCUUUUCAGUUCUGAGAGUCCACCCAGUUAAUCGACGACGUUCUGUCAUCGUGUAUCGCCGGGGUCGCAUCUGUUCAGUACUCUUUUCGGUAAGCUCGGUCGAUCGCGAUGGGGUAUCAGUUGGAGUGCGGUACUCGCUUCCAUCAUCUCUGUCAAUGGUGAAGGUCGUGCCCCAACCGCGACGGGGUUUCAGUUGGAGUGCGGUAAUCUGUUCACGAAGACGAUGGUUCGAAACCGUCUGCUGUGUAGAUAAUAGCAAAAGCUGCGCCGCUCCCAUUCCCUUGUAUCAUCUCUAGAGUCUUCCCCUUCUUUUAGGGUAAUCCCUUGAACUACCAUCCGGGUAGUAGUCGAAGAUUCAUUUCAUUCUUCCCAGAGUCUGUGCUUGUCCGCUCCACCUCUCUCACGAAAUUGUGUUGAACCGAUCCCUUCUCCGUUAUUGUCAUAAGUGCCUAUCCGGUAGUGUUGAUGAGAAUUCCUCGGGGAUUGCUUGUGACGUCAACAAGAUUGUGUAGAAAGUAUUAAGUAUUCGACGAGAGCGCGCCGCGACGGGAGUCCAGAAGCGUGCGCUCGUCCUCUCCUGCCAUGAAGCCGCCGUGUGUUCUCCGCCAGCAGAUGUUUAUGGUCCAUGACAUUGUAUGCGGUGGUGACCAUCGGCCGGACAACUCGACGUCGUUUUCACGUUCGAAUGAUAGACACGACAGAGCGUUAUCGGUUGAGUUUAUCCUUGCAAUUUGCUUAUUGACCCUCGACGUAAUAGAUUCUGUGCAGUCAAAUGGGAUGGCAGUCUCUCAUUCUGGAAAAUCGAAAUCACAUUGAAUUGCCCGAAACGAUAAUGAUGUCUUAUUUGUUGAUAGGAUAGUCAAGGGGUAUAGCUCUUUGGCCGCUGUGAAUCGAUCGUUGAGGUAGUAGGGGCAUGCUUUUUUUUAUAAGCUAGGAGCCAUCCCUGGGCUUUUUCUCGUUGCAUGGGUGGGGCUUGAACAAAAACAAGAGUACAUC